AAUUAUUGUGUUUAUCUUUUAACAAGAAGGUUUAACAAAAUAAUUGAAAAUUAAUUAAAUUGAGUUAUAUUAAUCGGAAAUUGACAAAUAAUUGCGGAAAUGUGUUGUUAAAUAGUCAAACAACAUAAAAAACUGUGAUCUACCAAUAAUUUGGUGCAUUCCUUCAACAUUAACAACAAACAAAAGACAUCACGAAGAUGAAAAUUUCUCGCGAGGAAUACAAAAACAUCCGAUACAUCUGCAAAAAGUUCAACAUUUCUCCCGAGUCAUUUCGCAUCAAAACAUUAGCAGCAACGCUCGAUAAGCGUCUUCUUCGUCGUCGAUUUGUGUUGUGUUUUGCCGUGAAACACACACGAAAGGGACACUUUCUUGUUUGGAAUUCCCUCAAACGAAUCGACAUCCGUGACAAAUUCCUCAAGAAAAAUGCACAAAAUCGUAAACACAAGCAUAUCAAAUGGCGUCGUGCUGUGCGAAAAGUACGAAAAUUGGAGCCCAUUAAGACAGAAGAACAAGAAGAACCGCUCGAAGAAAAUGAAAUUGAGACACAAGAAGUGCGGGAUAAGUUGAAGGAGCAACUUCAGCUCUUACAACAGGGAAAGAAAAACAAGUUGAUUGAAGAAACGAGUUCAGAUCCCGUUUGCAAUGGCACAGCACACAGUCCAAAGAGCUCCAAAUGCUCCGAAAAUGGUAUGAAUGGCGAGUGUUUUGACGAUUUGGAUGACAUGGAAUCGCUUCGUGUUACGCCCGACAUUACGAGCGAAUGCGAAGAAAAAGAACUCGUCGAUCAUAAAACGCCUGUAAAGGAAAAUGACGUAAAAUCCGAUUCAGAACACGAAGAAACACCCAAAUUGUCGGAUACGGGAUACAAUUCUCCAGCUGUUACUCCAAGCAAGAAAGGAUUUCUUGAUUCGUUGCUGAACAAAUUCAAAACAACCGACGUAAUAACAGAAAAGCCAACGACGCGAGCAUCAAAAAAGGCAAAAGAAACAAUUGUUGAGGAGGAAAUUGUCGAUGAAGAAAUGUUACCUGAACCAAUUCUUGUUCCGAUGGCUAUUGAACCUGAGCCUCGUACAACGAGAAUGAGAGCUCGCAAAACAAUUCAUCAGAUAAAGAAAGAACCGGAAGAUUCAACGAAAAAUGAUUUGUUCAAAUUGGGCGAAAAAGAUGUCCCGGGUCUUUUAGCGACGCCCAAAGCAAAAAACACAAAAGUUUCAGCAUUCGUCGAUCAAGAAACCGCAGCAGAAGUAAAAAUCAAAUUAGAAAAGUUGGAUGAUGAUUCCAACAAUUUUGAUCAGAAAGAACACGAAGGACUCGUUUGUUCGGGAAUUAAGCCGCCGCAUCUUGAGAAACCAAAGAAAUUCAUGGAUCUCGAACGUCCUCGUACAGUCUAUGAGAAACGACAACUGAUGCAAAAGAAGAAAGGCAUCCAAUUCCUCAUGAUGGAAAACGAAUCGAAGAUUUACAAUGAACUUGCGAAAAUCAAUCGCGAAGAUUACGACUACCAAUUCAACUUUCCCAUGUUGACAGCUUUGCAAAAAGAGACUGUUCCUUAUCGACGAGAUGCUUGGCGUGCCUUGAGUUUUCUCAAAACUGAGAAGAAUCGUUUCUUCUACAAAGUUCUCUUCAUUGACGGCGUAAAAUGCAAUUUGCUCGGAAGUAGAGGAAAUUUCGAUGGCAAAAAGAAAUUCAAAACAACUUCGAGCCCAUUUCCCAAAUAUUUGGCGUACAAAAACAAGAAUCCGUGUUGUAAACCAAUCAAAAUGCCAAAGAAUGUGAAAUUCAACUUAAAUAUCCCGCAAGCGAAUGCUGAACAGGAACAACAUACGACAAGCAAAAAACUUCUUGAUUACGACAAAACGAUGUUAAACAUGAAACCUGCUCCUUUGAGUGUAAAACUUCGUAAACAAACAUCUCGUCUCAGUACAGAUGAAUGUUUAGGUCCAUUGGAGUUGUACACAAUGCCUACUGUCGAAUUGGAAGUUCAUCCAAAAGUCGGAAGACAAUUAGAUCCGAAAAUUCAUCCAUAUCUGAAAUAUUUGUUGCCAUACGAGAAUAUCACAGAGACAUGGGCACGAUUUUCCGUCUCUCUGUUGAAAAAAGAUGAAAAAGACAUUGACGGAGACGAGAAAAAGUUUUCCUUUCCAAUUCCGUAUUCAAAUAAUCAAAACAAAAUUAUGGUAAGACGUCGAAAGGAAAUCGCUCACAGUACCAAUAUCAGUAUUGAAGACAAGGAACUCGCGGAAGACCUUGAAAAGCCAUUGACUUUUACAAAUGUCAUCAAACCAAACGACAAAUUGGGACAAGAAAUCGCAGAUAUCCUCACGGAAAUGACAAAUUCGGUAGCGAUUGGAUUGUCAGAGAGUAGUUUCAUUCAAAAUGAUCCCGAUUUGGAUUACACACAAAAUGACAAACCUUUGGAAGUUGCUCCUGUGAAGGCGGUAAAAGAAACAGUUUUGUCGAAAAAAAUUGUUCGAGAAUUGAGGAAACUAAAUGCAACUUUUAUCACAGCAGCAGAAAAUCCAACAACAAAAUGUAGCGAAAAAUACUGUGAACAAGGAUGUGUGUGUGAAAGUUUAUCUACAUCGCUCGUUUUCAAGAAUCAUUGUAAAAAACAGGAUUGUAUGAUCGAAUGUAAUUGUGCUUCGAACCGUUUUCAUCAAGAAGAUAUUAAAGAUUGUAAUUUUACGAGCGAUGAAGUUCAAUCGUUGCGUGAAAAAGCAACUGCUCGUCUUGCUCCAAUGGAAAAAGAUUUCACUCCAACGCUCGUUCUUUCAAACAACAGUACCUAUUUGAUUCCCGGAUCAGAUCGUGAACACUCUCGUCGCUCAAAGAAAGUUCCUGCUCGUUACAGUGACUAUGUUGAUCCGAGCAAAACAAGUAUCGCUGCAGAUGAAAGUUCAGAAAUUGUCCCGUUAACGGAAUUGACAAAGACAAAAUAUACUCCGAAAGAUCCUCUUGAAGCUGCUGUUUUCCAAAUGAAACAUUGCAAUGUCGUAUUACGCCCAUUAAACCAUGUUAGUCAAAUUGAACCGUGGUGUAUGGUUCAUCGCUUGUACAAGUGUUUUUGCAAUGGACAAGCUGUUGAAGGGCGUCCUUUUACAUUUGACGAUGUCGAGGAAGGUUUGAUGGAACGUUACGAGUAUGGAAAUCGCAAGCCUCGUUAUGAAUUUGAACGAAACGACGCACGAAUGCCAUUGAAACGUGAUCGUCGUACGUCAUCUGGAGCAAAUUCAACAAAUACAUCGCCCUCAGCGAAAAUUCGAAGAACAUCUUCAGGUAUGAUGGAUUUGGAUUCGUUAGAUCUUGUUCGAAUUGACACGAAUACAGCACAACGAUGCUUCCCAAUUGAUCGAAAAUACAUAAAACGAGAUCCACGCGAAACAAAUCUCAAGAAAACAGCGAUUAAAAAGUACGAAGAGAAACAUUCUUACACAGAAGCGUUGUUGAAAAAGAGAUUGGAAGAGUGUGAACGUCAUUUCCAUCGAGAAUUGCGAAGAAAAUUAGAGCAAACAGACAAAAAAGCUUUAGAGCAAGAAGUAACAACGGAAGAAGAUGAUGCUACUGAAGAGCAAGAUGAUUCAAUGGGCAAAAAUAAACGUGUCAAAAAACUUACACGCCCCAUUCGUUUGAACAUUCGAAACAGUCCCGAAGAAAUUAUGACAAUAUCGAUGCUAAAGCCAUUAAUUACGAAAAAUGUCAUUUUAGUGGCAACAGGAAAAAAUAAAAUUUAUGCCAAAAAGGAUUAUUUCUACGCUGGAAAGUUGGAUUUCACAAAAGUCUUGAAAAAGACAAAAAAUACUAUUUUUAUUAUUGAAAAAACCGAUGAAGAAGUAGCAAACUGUUCUGAUUUCUUGCGUUUCAAUCCUCUCAUCCGAAGAACAAAACUUGUCGAUUUAAAAUUGAUUAUAAACAUCAUUUUGCAACCCGAAAAUGAGAAAGCCAACAAUUUCUCCUUUGAUUUGGCUUCUCAACAUGAACAAGGAGUUCAAGAAGAAACAGAAAAAGAAGAAAUUCCUUCAUCUCAAGGCACGUUAGCAAUUGAACCCUCUGACGUAGCUUCGGAAAUCGGUAAGAAGAAGGUACAACAUAUCAAUACGAUGAUCAGUAAAGCCAUGCAAUACAUCUGUAAAUUACAAAAACAAAAUUCGCCAACACUUGUUGAACCGACUCAAUCCAAAAUGUACUUUUUCACAUGGCGAUGCAUGAUUCAAGGAUUUCAACAGGGCUUAUUGUCUGUUUGGGAAAUCCGUUGUAUUGGAAAUCGAUGUGCUGUAGUCGUAACACAAGCAGGAAAUUACCCAACGAUUGAAUAUUUGGAGGAGAUUAAAAAUAUUCGAGAUUGUACAGUCGAAACUCCCGGAUUAUCAUUGUACUCGAAAAUGUUGUUGCUCAAAGUAGAGAAUGAAAAGACGAAAAAUCUUUCUCUCGUUCUUUACGGAGGCAUAAACUUUUGGCGUAUCACGGGUUUCGUCAAUAGUGAGACAAAUUAUCAACAACAUGGAAUAAUUGCGCGUCCCACGCCUCAAACGCAUCCUGUAUUAUCGGCAAAAAUCAAUCAUUUAUUCAAUAUGUUGCAUCAUCGUCGUGAAUCUGAAAUUAAUUUUGACGAAGUACCUGUAGAAAAGAAGGAAAAAGCUCCUGUAAAGCCUCCCGUCUAUAAAACAAACAUCAAAAUUUGUUCAACUGAAAACAUGCCAUCAAUUCGAAGUUUGUUCUUGCCAAUUCCCGAAGUUGCUCAUCAACGUUGGUUCAUGUUACAAAUCGAAAAUGACUUUUCAGACAUUUUCAUUCCGAAUUGGGAAGAUUACUUAUCGUACGAUAAAGUAACGUAUGCACUUCAACUCGCAAAAACACAUUCGAAAACGGUGCGUGUCACAAUGAACGACAAAUUUCCCGAAAUUUAUGCGACGCCAAGACGAUCAAAUUGCAUCUUUUUCGGGCCUUAUAGCAUGAAAAGCGAUAUCGAUUACGUGUUGUGUCAAAAUGUCGAUGGAAAAAUUAUCGAUCGUGAAACGUACGAAGAAAAAUACAAAGUUAAGAGAGAUCGUGCAACAAUCGGAAGUUGGCUAUAUCCGAAGAAAGAUGGAGAUUCAACAAGUCCCGAAGGCGAACCAAGUCCAAAAGUGCGAAAAGUUAUUGUGAAGAAAAAGUCACUUGACAAGACAAACAGCGAAAAACUACCUUUUGUCAUUAGUCAAGUACAAACAGCGAUAACUGAUCCAAAGUUGAUUCCCAAAAACGAGAGUUCAGAUGAGGAAAACACAGCAAAACGACUUGUCUUGAAACGAGUUUCACGCGAAAUGAUAAACAACGACUUGAAACGUCAAAAGUUAGAAAAUCCGACAAAUCCGUUGAAAGUAACGUUAUUGAAGAAAGCUGGCGAAGGCGGAUAUGCUAUCAAACCAGGUACAGGUCUCAAACCUGUUCAAGUAGUUAAACGAACAUCGUUACCUGAAACAGGAAUAACAGAUCACAAAUUAACGGGAAAGCGUAUUUCUCUUCCCCUGAGUGCUGUAAAGUCGAUGAAAACGAUGAUGUUACAAAAAGGAGUAAAGUUGAUGAAAACAGCUCCAACAGUUGUUGCAAAUCAAACACAAGUAAAGCCUGUAGGACAAAAUUCUGCUUUGUCAGAUAAACCAAGUACUUCGAAAGAACUGAUAAGACCAAAUGUAGUGAAACGUCUUGCCAUAAAAACGAAUUCAGGCGUUCAAAUUACCUCAGUUGUUCGUAACACAGAGGAGACUGAAAGUAAAAAAGUUAAUGAUGUUCCUCCUCCGCCAGUUAUUAAAAUUGAAAAAACACCUGUAGACAACAAAAAAGUACAAAAUAUUCAAAAAACGUUGCCAUCAGCAAUUACAGUAAGAUCCUUAACUCCUGAUCAAAACAAGAAAGAUUCUUCAGCAAUGCCUGCAAUUAAAACAGUAACAAUUAAACCUUCAUCAACGGAUGCUAAAACAACAUUACCGGCGAAAUCUCAAGUUGUUAUCAAAAAAGAAGAUGAAAAAUCUGUUCCUGUAACUAACAAACUUUCGACAAAUUCAACUACUUCGACAGCAUCAACAGUUUCAGCAACAGAAACUGACGUCGUUCAUGGCUUUUACAUCAGUAACGUUAUUGCGAUUGGUCGUAUUAUUGCAGAAAAACGAGUGAACAAAUUAAUUCUCAAGAUGCGAAAUUCGGAUGGAUAUUACGUUCGUCGACAAUUCAUGACGGGACAAUCAAUUUUGUACCUAAAUCGUUAUUUGCGAGGACUUGUGCAUAGUUUCAUCCCUGAAAAUUUCAUGCUGAAUUGGAGAUUUGAAACAAACAAGGAAAUUGUUGACAAAUAUCCUGAACAUGAUCCCAAUAAAGUACCUCGAAAAAUGAUCAUCACGAGACAAGGAGGCAUUUCAUUGAAGCAAUCAUGGGAUCAACUCGCCUAUUUGGAAAAGUACGACAAAAAUCAAUACCUCAAAAUAUUGCUUAUUAAAUUAGCAGAAGAUUGUUUCCCUGAACAAAAGUUUACCAAUUGGGAUGUUCUUCAAAUUUUGCAAACGUCACAAAAGGAAAUUCUGGAUCUCGAAACGAAAUCUCUUCGUUUAACAAAAACAAAAUCGGAAGAAGAAGAAAAGAAAAUAAAUUUACUCCUCAAAUUAGAUGCCCUUAAAAUGUUGUAUCCUGAUGUGAAAUUGCCAACAUCUCAGCCAACAACAAAUGUGAAACAAGAAAAAAUUGAGGAUAGCGACGAUGACGAUGUAGUUGAAGUAGUUUCUGUCAAAAAAGGCAUUGAAGUUAUUUGUCUAAGCGAUGACGACUAAAAACCGGGAUUUUUCCAUAAAAUGACCUUAUUGUGAUAAAAGUUACUAAAAAUGUUUUUUAAAGUUAAUUAGGUUAAAAUUAUUUUUUUACAAUUGAAAAUUGUUUGAAGAGAUGUAAAUACGGUACAUAAUAUUUUUUAUCAUUUAAAAUUCUAAAUGUAUUCUUUAAUACAUAUACUAACAACAUUCGUUGCCUUUGUUUUAAAACUUUAUUUAAGACAUCAAUUAAUUUUAAGAAUUUUUAUCUUUUUUUCUUAAAUUUUUGAAAUAUAAUAUGUAAAUUGUUGGAAUAAAGCACAAACCAAAUUGAAAAAACAACAACUUCUACAAUUUAUU